AUGCCAUCGACGGGACCAGACACGGAUUUUAUAAUUUUCGUUGGCAUUUCAAAGCCAAAAUUUGCUGCACUUUUUCUGUUUGUUAUGUUGAUAUCAUUAUUCCUGACAUUCCACAUACUUUUGUAUGAUUCUGCAGUUUAUUCUAUUCAGGCUGUAUCUGUAAUUUCUGCUAAUAAAGCAUUACCAUCGGAAGUUCCAAGAUUAAAACAUCAAGGAAAGGAUUUUCCAUACCAUUUUCAUUUUCCAAAAACUAGUCGGAAAUUACCACAAUGUCUAAUCAUCGGCGUACGAAAGUGUGGUACACGAGCUCUUUUGGAAAUGCUUAAUCUCCACCCGCACAUUCAGAAAGCAGCAGGGGAGGUACAUUUCUUCGAUCGAGACGAGAAUUAUUUGAAGGGAUUAGAAUGGUAUAGGCGGAAAAUGCCGCACAGUUUUCGUGGACAGAUAACAAUUGAGAAGAGCCCAAGCUAUUUUGUGACGCCAGAGGUUGCAGAGCGUGUUCGAGCCAUGAAUUCAUCUAUCAAAUUGCUAUUAAUCGUCCGAGAGCCUGUUACACGUGCAAUAUCAGAUUAUACACAAUUACGUAGUCAUGCGGCUACGGCGAUUCUUCCAUCAAAUUCAAAUUCUGCUACUCAAGCGUCACCCGCAACUACAAAGACUUUUGAGGAACUUUCGAUUCUUGCUAAUGGAACUGUCAAUACUUCUUAUCGUCCACUUGCAUUGUCUAUAUAUCACCAAUAUACAUUACGAUGGUUAGAGAUAUUUAAAAGAGAGCAAUUGUUAAUAGUAAAUGGUGAUCAAUUAAUUGAGGAUCCAUUGACACAAAUUAGACGUAUCGAAGACUUUUUGGGUAUUGAGAGAAGAAUAAGCCAACACAACUUUUACUUCAAUAAGACGAAAGGAUUUUAUUGUUUAAGAACGGAUAUGGGCGAUAAUAAAUGCUUGAGAGAAACAAAAGGAAGAAGACAUCCAACUGUCGAUCCGAAAGUAAUUUCUAAAUUAAGGAAAUUUUUUGUAGAGCACAAUCAGCGAUUCUAUGAAUUGAUUGGUGAAGAUUUAGGAUGGCCUGAAGAGUAA